GGUACCAUUGAUGGGAUUCUCUCCAGCUUGAUUCAUGCAGCCGCCAGCUACCCAAAUCAUGCAGCAAAGAUGGCGGGUGGAUUUGCCCGACGUCUGGCGAGGUUGUUACUAGCCUACGCGAGCUCAGCACGAUGGGCGCGUACCGAGAAUGGCCUCCUUGGUGGCAGUGGUGAGAGUGGCGGUGGAAUGCCUCGAACUCGGGAGUUGGCAGAGUUGGCAGAAUCCAUGCACGAAUUUGCUCCACUGGCGGCAGAGUGUACAUUGCCUCUUCCUUUCUUGGAUCUUCAGUCUUCAUCCAUCGCUCCUCUGCCCAAUGCGUCCUCGAAACACAGUAGUCCUAUCUCCUCUCUCCAACCCUUUAUUCAGCGGCUAAGAAAUCCUUCCAAUCCUGAGGAGGUCGUCACUAUCAUCUCCGAUCUUGAUGUCCUUACCUCAAGAAAGGUGGAAUUCCUUGUCCACUUUCAAUCAGAACUGGAGGAUCUUAUUAUUCGUGGGGCCAGUCGGCAUGGCAGCAGCAGCAGCAGCAGCAGCAGCAGCAGCUCCGCGUUGGCAACUGAGCUCUCAAUCUAUCCUCAGUUGCUGAAUCUCCUCUUCCGCCUCCUUCGCCAUAGUCCUCAGUUAGCCCACGGCGUCCUUCCUCGGGUCUAUUUGCCUUGUUUGGAGGGUUAUGGCGCCUCCGCUGCUCUAGACCAUCUCCAUGAGGCUUGUCUUCUGUCUCCUCAUCUUGCUCCUCUCUUGCUCCACACUGCAGCAAGCAGAUUGAUAGAUACAGAGGGCGCUCCGCCUCCUGCCGUUAUUGUUAACGCAGUGAGUAUUACGCUGCAUCGACUCUCCUUGGAAGGUAUUUACGACUCCUGCAUUGAGCAUGCUGCGUCGGGUGUGUGGAGUACUACGACUGGGCCAAAAUUUUCUUUGAAGCAGUGA